AUGGAAUUGCAACUAGUAUCACAAUUAUUACUAUUUUCUAAUGAAAGUGAACUAAAUGAAUCCAGUUACUGUAAUGAAACCUUACACUGUAGCUAUGUAACAGAAAACCAAAGUGACAGCCAUUUUUACAGUAUCAGCCUCUUUCUAUCUUGCUUGUAUACAGUUUUUCUAUUUCCCAUAGGCUUCAUUGGGAAUGGAUUAAUCCUGGUUGUAAACUUGAAUGAUCAUAAGAAAAUGACCAUCCCAGAUGUCUAUUUUGUAAACCUUGCCAUAGCUGACCUGAUCCUUGUAGCAGAUUCGCUCAUUGAGGUAUUCAAUCUGAAUGACAAGUACUAUGACAUAGCCAUUCUAUGUACCUUCAUGUCUCUGUUCCUGCAAAUCAACAUGUACAGCAGCAUCUUCUUUCUCACAUGGAUGAGCAUCGACCGGUACCUUGCCCUGGCACAGUCAAUGAAAUCUGGCACACUCCGAACCUUGCAGCAUGCAAAGUGGAGCUGUAGCCUGAUCUGGUUGACAUCCAUCCUGGCUGCAAUGUUGCCAUUUGCUGUGGUACAAGCACACCACACCGGGGAAGUUCACUUUUGCUUUGCAGAUGUUACAGAGAUUCAAUGGUUGGAAGUAACUCUUGGAUUUGUCAUCCCAUUCUUUAUCAUUGGACUCUGCUAUUCACUGAUUGUACGGAUUCUCACAAAAGCCCAGAAACACAAUCGUCUUUGGCCAAGACGUCAGAAGGCCCUUCGUAUGAUUGUUGUGGUUGUUCUGGUUUUCUUUAUCUGUUGGUUACCUGAAAAUGUUUUCAUCAGUCUUCAGCUCCUACAAGGCACAAAGGAUUCAUCAGUUUCCUUCAAGAAAUCAAUGGGGCAUUAUUAUCCGCUUACACGUCAUAUUGUCAACCUGGCUGCUUUUUCUAAUAGUUGUCUGAAUCCCAUGAUUUAUAGCUUUCUUGGGGAAACAUUCCGAGACAAGCUUCGCCUAUACAUGAAAAAGAAAGCAAAUGUGUCUACAGUUUACCGGCUUUGCAACAACACUUUGAACUGGAACAUUCCUGUAACCGCAGAGGAAUCUUUUGCAUAG